AAUGCAGUGAAUUCCAUCGAUUCACCUGACCCUACUUUGGAACUGGAAGUCAUGGACGACAGCUCUUCUAACCCCCCUGAUAUACAUGUACGAUGGUUUCAAGUCGACGUCCCGGAGUUGCUGUCCAUUGCUCCAAUCACCUUAAACCCUAAUCCAACGUGGAAGGCUCUCACGCGCGUUGAAUCAGAUGCUUGCGAAUUGGCUUGGAGAAACCUGAAGGUUCAGGGUCCCGUGGAUACACCAACCGUUGAUACUGUGGAUGACCAUAUACCUUUGGGGAAGCCGUUUGAUCCCCAAGAAGUUGCUGCGGUGGAGGCGGAAGAUGUCACUCUGGGUGUCCCUGUCGGGAAGGAACAGCUGUUUGAAGUUGACGUACGCACCAUGAAGGUACGAGAUGGGGGACGUUGUCAUUAAACUCCCUACCUCUAAUUCUCCAUCGGUAAGCUUCGACCGAUCUACUGGAGUACUGGUGGCCCCUCGAUUGACGUAAUGAGGGCUGUAUGGAUGUAUACCGAGAGCCGUCCCGUUGAAAGCGAACUCAGCGAGAAGAUUGAGAAUGCGUAUAUGUAAGGAGCUCGGCCUAUUUCGCAUUCUUUGUGAUGGACUGUUUACACUUCGCGCUUGCAAGGUCCAUCAAGCCAUGGUUGGUGGGUUGCAAUCUUCAAUGUCACUCAUUCAUAUAUUUAUCCACCCA